GUAGGACCACCUGGCGACCACAACUGGCAGACCCGAAAUACGUCGGCGGCGUAUAACUUCCCAAAAAAAAAAAAAAAGAGAAAACCGCCGGCGGCGUAUGUAUGCGGAGUCCCAAUCGCCGGUAUCGAAGAGGAGCCGUGCUCUUCCAGUAUAAGUGUCGAUAAUGGAUGUGGUACUGGGGAGUGCGCGGUGUGGGUCAGUUGCUGGUGACGUGUAAAGCAGAUAACGUGAGAACAUGGAAUCUCCAUUUUUUCCAAAAGACAGUCCAAACUCAAAAGCCAUUUCCUUCUUCCCUGCACCUUCCUCUGCCUUUCUCUCUUUGUCCUCUUCCUUCCGCUCUCACUUCCUUCAUCCCGUUCCUUUCUCCCUUCACUUUCCCCAAAUUCCCUUCUCAAUAUCUCACUGUUAGCAAAAUCUUAGUCCUCCCAUGGCUUCCCUAAUUGAAGAACAAAGAGCAGACUGGGACUUGGAGAAGGGGGGACUGACGACGCCUCCGCCGCCGAGUCAGAACCCCGUUUUGGAGCCCUCGCCUUCGCCGUCGCCGUCGUCGACGGCCACGCCGCCGGCCCUGGUGCUGUCGAACUCCGGGAAGCGGAUCGACCAGGCGGGGCGGAAGAAGUACGUGAAGCAGGUCACCGGGCGGCACAACGACACCGAGCUCCACCUGGCGGCGCAGCGCGGCGAUCUGGCCGCCGUGAAGCAGAUCCUCGGCGAUAUCAACUCGCAGAUUGAGGGGACUCUGAGCGGGGCCGAGUUCGACACCGAGGUCAAGGAGAUUCGGGCCGCUGUGGUGAAUGAGGUGAACGAGUUGGGGGAGACGGCUCUUUUCACCGCUGCCGAAAAGGGUAGGCUUGAAGUUGUGAAGGAAUUGUUGAAGUAUUCGAGUAAGGAGACUGUCACGAAGAAGAAUCACUCAGGGUUUGAUCCCUUCCAUAUUGCUGCAAGAGAAGGACAUCAAGCCAUUGUGCAAGUAUUUCUAGAUCAUGACUUAAGUCUUAGUAAAACAACUGGCCCAUCAAAUGCAACACCCCUUAUAACUGCAGCUUCAAGAGGACACACUGCAGUAGUCAAUGAACUUCUGUCAAAAGACUCUGGUUCGCUGGAGAUUUCAAGAUCCAAUGGGAAGAAUGCUUUGCAUUUGGCUGCUCGACAGGGAUAUGUGGAAAUUGUAAAAGCACUGCUUGACAAAGACCCACAAUUGGCUCGAAGGACUGACAAGAAGGGUCAAACUGCAUUGCAUAUGGCUGUAAAAGGGGUUAGCUGCGAAGUGGUAACGUUGCUUCUCGAGGCAGAUGCUGCAAUUGUGAUGCUUCCCGAUAAGAAUGGCAACACUGCAUUACAUGUGGCCACCAGGAAAAAGAGAGCAGAGAUAGUGAGCGAGCUGUUGUCUCUGCCAGACACCAAUGUUAAUGCAUUGACCAGAGAUCACAAAACUGCUUUUGACAUAGCUGAAAAACUCACCCUCUGCGAAGAAUCUGCUGCUAUAAAGGAGUGCCUUUCUCGGUUUGGUGCUGUCAGAGCUAAUGAACUCAACCAACCGAGAGAUGAGUUGAGGAAAACUGUGUCCCAGAUCAAGAAAGAUGUCCACACCCAGCUUGAGCAAACCAGGAGAACCAACAAAAAUGUUCAUGGAAUUGCUAAAGAGCUGAGGAAACUCCACCGGGAAGGGAUUAACAAUGCCACCAACUCAGUCACUGUGGUGGCAGUGCUUUUUGCAACAGUUGCAUUUGCCGCCAUCUUCACUGUUCCUGGUGGGGAUGAUAAUAAUGGGAAGGCUGUGACGGUGAAUCGCGCUUCUUUUAAGAUCUUCUUCAUUUUUAAUGCCAUUGCACUUUUUACUUCCCUCGCCGUAGUGGUAGUUCAGAUUACAUUGGUUAGAGGCGAGACAAAAGCAGAGAGACGCGUGGUGGAGGUGAUUAACAAGUUAAUGUGGUUGGCCUCGGUCUGCACUUCAGUGGCGUUUAUGGCUUCCUCCUACAUAGUGGUUGGGAGGCAGUACGAGUGGGCUGCUACUUUGGUCACAGUUGUGGGGGGAGUGAUAAUGGCAGGAGUUCUUGGGGCCAUGACUUACUGCGUGUUUAAGUCGAAAAGGAUGCGAUCAAUGCGGAAGAAGGACAAGCAACGUGGUAGGAGUGGAUCCAGCUCAAGGAUUCCUUCUGAGUUCUCCAAUUCGGAUAUUGAUCGUUUUUAUGCUAUUUGAUUUGGGACUUUGUAGCAAUGGGUAGGGUAAGAAUUUGUAAGAUUGAGCAGACCAAUGUCCAGGGAAUGAGCUCGGAAAAAAGCUCUUGCAAUUUCUGAGAAGCAACUAAGAUUAACUUAAAUUCUCUCUUCUAAAGCCAGUUCCCUUCUUGAGCUUUGUACGAUGGGGCUGCUUAUGGCCUUAUGGGAGUGAAGGAAAGGGUGGGUGAGUGUUAUAUAUAGACCACAAAGGUUGAUGACUUGGGUUGGAAAGCGGGGAGAGAUGGCAAUCUUGAAUCCAUGGAAUGAUGUAAGAGAGUGGUUUUGAGUACAUAAAUUGUGGGGUAUAACACAAUACUGUUGGACAAUUAAACUUCCAAACUGAAAAUUUACAUAUGAAAUUGCAUUAAUUAA